AUGGUACAAUGGGGCUUCGAGACAGAAGGCAACCAAGUUAUCGACAAAUUCCCUGAAAAUGUUAGGGGUAGACGAUUUGUCAUCACGGGGUCAAGUGAGGGUGGUCUAGGAGCAGAGUCGGCCUAUUCUCUAGCCCGUGCGUCUCCCGCCCAGAUUGUCUUUAUGGGCCGUUCGUGGGAGAAGACAAAGGCUGUGGUCGACAAGGUCAAGUCUAUCGGCUCAUCCAUCGACGUCAAGUUUGUCCAGCUUGAACUUGAUUCGCUUACUAGCGUGCGCAAAGCCGCAAAGGAAAUUAAUGAUGAUGCCUCCAUUCCCAGUAUUGACGUGUUGAUGCUCAAUGCCGGUGUCAUGGCUCUGCCAAAUCUACAAUUGACACAGGAUGGGCUUGAAGCACACUUUGGCACCAAUCAUAUUGGGCACUUUCUUUUGGCAAAUCUCAUCAUGCCCAAGGUACUGGCUGCCAUCCGACCCAACCCUAAUGGUGAAAUUGGUGGUUCAGGAACUCCUCGCAUUGUUACUGUCUCCAGCUACGGAAACAUAUUCUCCGGCAUUCGGUUUGACGACCUUACCUUUGGAAAUGGGAAAGAUUACAAUCCGUGGAAAGCAUAUGGCCAAAGCAAGACUGCCAACAUUCUGAUGACGAUUUCGUUGAAUGAGAAAUUCCGUUCGCAGGGAUUCGCUGCGUAUACUCUAAAUCCUGGAUCGAUUCGAACUAGCCUUAUUCGCCACUUAAAUGACGAGUCGACAAAAUCGUUCAUGGAAUUGUUAGCAGAGCAUAAAAAGGAAAGAUACCCGCCAAAGACACUACAGCAAGGCUGUUCUACCCAAUUGAGAGCAGCACUGGAUCCGACUCUUCCUCCUAACGAAGAAAUCUUCUUUUUGCAUGAUACUCAACCUCUGUUGAAGGGCGAGGACGUGAAAGUCCUAGCAGCCCACUCGGCAGAUAUUGACCAGGCACACAAGCUGUGGGACCUCAGUAACAAGAUUGUUGGGGAGCAAUUCUGA